AUGAUUCCUCUACUUGACAAUUUUAGUAAAGAAAAAAAGAAUUUAAAGUUAUUUAAAUAACUUAUUAAACUAGAAAGUAAGGCUUUGAAAUAGUUUCUCAAUGAAACAAUCUUAUUAUCCAAAUAAUACAAUUCUUCAUUAUUUGAUGGAAUUCAUUAUUCUCUGUCUAAAUUUUAAUCUGAUCUAUAAAACCAAUAUAUUCUAUUGAAAUAACUAGGGAAAUAAUUCUACAAAUUGAAACAAGAUGUAAUUUCUUCAUAUAUUUAAAAAAAGGCGCAAACUUGCUUUAAAAAUAAACUGUUAUUUAGAAAUAAAGAAUUUGAUGAGACUGAUAUUGAUACCUACAAUGAAACCAAAAAGUAAUAGGAUUACUCAAAAAUACAAAUAGAUGAUAUUAUAAGAAAGGAGAAAUGUUUGAUAAAAAAGACAAACUAAAUUAUAAAAAUAUUCACAGAAAAACAUAAUCUAACACUAUUUAAUUUGUAGAAAUCAAAUGAUUAAGAAUUUACAGUAUUUUCAGAUUAAAAGAAUGUGUGUAUGAAAUAUAAUUCUAGAGCAAAAAUUUUAUCUAGUUAAACAAUUGAAUCAAUUACAAUAGAUUCUUUGGAUGAAAAUGAAUCAAUUUUAGUUAGUGAUUCUAAUUUUGAAAAAUAGUUAUUGAAAGAAAGGUAAUUAGAUUAGUUCUUGAAUGACUAGCAAAAAAAGAAAUAGUUUUGA